AUGAGAAAUAAAUCUGAGGCGUUUGCAAAAUACAACUUGUAUGAACAGUUUGCCCAAACGCACACUGGUCGCAAAGUGAAGGUGCUUCGCACUGAUCGAGGGGGAGAGUACUUGUCGACAGAAUUCAAGUCAUAUUUGGAUUCAAACGGUACACAGCACCAGCUCACCACUGCCUACACACCUGAACAAAACGGUGUUGCUGAACGUUUAAAUCGAACCUUGAUUGAUCUUGUCCGUUCCAUGCUUUCUCAUAAACAGGUCAGUAAACGAUUCUGGGCAGAGGCUCUUGCCACUGCAGUAUAUGUACGCAAUCGAGUUACUUCACGGGCUUUGCCAGUUAACACGACUCCCCAUCACAUUUGGAUGAAGUCAACUCCAAAUGUUGGCCAUUUGCGAGUAUUUGGGUCAAAGUGUUGGUAUACAUUACCGAAAUUAGAGCUCCGUAAGCUUGACUUGCGAGCGCGUGAAGCGAUGUUUCUCGGUUAUUCGCAAUGCAGUAAAGCAUACAAACUUUGGGACGGAGAGUUGAGUAAAGUUGUUGUUUCACGAGAUGCCAAGUUUGAUGAAUCGACAUACCUCGAUUUUAACAUCAGGUUAUGGGCCCAGAUUUACGCUACCAUUCGUGACUGGGCCGGUUGUUCAGACUCUCGCAAGUCGACCAGCGGAUAUGUUUUCAAGUUCUGUGGUGGAGCUAUCAGUUGGAGUUCCCGGAAACAGACUGUGGUUGCAACUUCGACGUGUGAAGCUGAGUACAUUGCACUAUGUGAAGCGUGUAAGGAGGCGACCUGGUUGCGUCAAGUUGUUGCUGAUGUCCUCGGACUUGAUUCUGAUCCCACGAUCAUGAUGGCGUGUGACAAUGCAGGGACGAUUUCGUUUGCACAGAAUGAAUCGAUCAACCGUCGCAACAAACAUGUUGAUGUAAAAUACCACUACGUACGAGAUGCUAUUAAGAGAAACAUUGUGCAUUUGUCGCAUUGUCCGACCACUUCCAUGCCUGCCGAUAUCUUAACCAAAGCACUUGGGCGAAUUCUAUUCCAGAAGUUGGUAGAACUUCUGGGGCUUGCAGUGUCCAGUAAAAGCAUGUGA